UAAUAAAAAUAAGUUUCUACAAACGGCAUUUACUAAUAGUGUUGAUUAUCAGUUUUAAGUAACAAUUAAAAUGAAUAAUUCAGUAAUCACUCUCAUUUAUAAAACGUCCAAGUUACAGUGGAAUCUCGUGAACUUAACAAAAUGAUCUAGUUUUCACACAAUAUUGUGAAAAAUGAUUAAAAACAGAGCUACCAUUGUGUGAGAAAUUAGCGUAAGAAGACAAACUCGAUCACUCUUAUAACUUAUGACAAGAAAACGAAGUGAAAGUAGAUCUUAUCUUAAAAAUACUCUAAGACUACUACCAAAGGCUUAGAUAAAUUAAUAAAAAUAUAUAUUGUAAAUUGUAAUAAUGUGAACCUUAGAUGAAAUAAACAGUAGACUGUAGGUACGGAUUAACUAGGACCACAAAUUAAAUACCAAAAUGCCCAAAAAAACUUUAAUGUGCUUAUCAAUUGCAUUACUUACUCUAGUUGUAUGGGUCUAUUACAAUGCAUCCUUGGAGCACAAUACAGCUAGCUUAGUACCAGUUAAUAAUAAUAUCAAUACAAAUUAUUACAUAUUCAAUACAAUACUACAACCAAAAAAUAUAAUAUGCAGUGAGUCAACAUUAUUUAUAAUUUUAGUAACGUCAUACAUUGGGCAUGUAGAACUGAGGAGUGCACAUCGACAAACAAUAUCAGCAGAUGAUCUACAAAACUUUAACAUAACAAGAGUAUUUUUACUAGGCAGAAUACCACAAAAUGAAAAAUACAUAAGUCAAGAGGCUGUAAUGGAUGAAAGCAACACUUUUGAUGACAUACUACAAGGAGAUUUUUAUGAAAACUAUAGGAACCUGACGCAUAAACAUCUCAUGGGACUCAACUGGGCUGCAACUCACUGCAGUAAAACCCCUUUUAUUUUGAAAGUUGAUGAUGAUACUGUGUUUAACAUAGACACAAGUUACAAAUAUAUCUCUCAACUUCCGAGAACAGAUAAUCAGUUGCUCAUCGGUUACAUACUAAAUAAUACUAAACCGAGAAGAAGUAAGCAGAACAAGUGGUAUGUAACUUAUGAAGAAUAUUCGAGACAAACAUACCCACCCUAUUUAUCAGGAUGGUACUACAUAAUGCAUACUUCUCUAGCAGCUAGAAUAUGCGCCGAAGCUAAACAUCAAAAUUACUUCUGGAUAGAUGACAUAUUAGUCACUGGAAUCAUCACUGAAUCACUCAAAGUAAAAUUGAAGCAGCUCCCAGAAAAUUACUGGCUGGAAUACUACGAGCUUCUGGAAUGUUGCCUCAAGGAUAUGAUAACAAAGUUUAUAAAAUGUGACUAUACAGUAGGACCAAAUGGUGGAAGAAACAACUUGAUCAAUGAGUUUAACAAAGCUUACAAAUUAUGUGACAAAUGGCAAAAUUGUACAACGAGACCAGCUGAUUUAAACCUAAAAAAAGUAUGCAUAUUAAACAGAGAUAGAGCAAUUUUCAGUGAUGGAAAAGCAGCAGAAAUAAAUGGUGUAAAAUUGUAACUAA